AUGAACAAGCCAAAGAAUAAUCACAGAAGAGCAUUAUCCAAUAAUGAUUUCUAACAAAUUUUGAAUUCCAAAAUUUCAGAAUUGCUUGAAGAAAAUAAUACACACAAAAUAAUCCAAAAGAAUCAAAGCUUUGGUAAUAUGCUUUUCUAAAUCCCCGAGUAGACUGACAUAGUAUCAUCCACUGAAUAAUCAAUGCAAUCAGCCAAAAAGACUCAAUUCAUCGAUCAGAGUCAUAAAACUAAUCACUCCCAAGAAUAGAAGGAAAACCUUAAAAACCAAGGCUCCUCCUCAAAUCUCAUCUCGCAUAUCUAAUAUAUGGUUAAGAGCAAUCAUCCUAUAAAGGAGAUCACUCAAAAAACUUUAAAUAGCGAAAGAUAGGAUAAAAAUAAUCAUCUAAGUUUCACCAAUGAAUUGCAAAAGAAACACAGUCAAAUCAAUUUAUAAUCAAAUACUAAAAAUGACAGUUCUAGUCUAACGCCAGAUAGGAAUAGAGCAGAGGAAAAUGGUAGCAAAUUGAAUGGUCACAAAAAUAAAUCUGAUCAAUAGGAGAAAUGCAAGAUUGAGUUAUCAAGCUCCUUAUUCAAUACGAUCCUUAAGGUAGAUGGCAAAAGGAAGUUGAAUAUCGAAUAACAGGAAUCUUACAGGAGAAUUGAAGUACAAAUGAAUAAAAUUUAAAAAGAUAUAAACAAUAUCAAAAUGAGAUAAGAUUAAUUGGAUCAAUUCAAUAGAAAUAUACAAAAUCAGCUUAGUGAUUUCAUGACUGAAAGCAAAAAACAAUAAGAUGUAAUAUAUACAUCCAAGAUUUUAGUAUGGUCAUCAAUCUCUUCAAAAACUAGAAUAACUGGAAUAAAUCACUAGAAGAAAUGAAGAAUCCAUACAACUCAUCAAGCAAUAACUAAUCAUAGAUCAAACUAAACAAAUAAAUAAAGGAAACGAAAAUAUCAUCAAUUUUGGGUAUUAUUCAUAUUUCUAUAUUUAAGGAAUCUCAUGUUUUAUAAAUAAGAUGAUGAUCAAGUUAAAAAGUUUAUUCAUUUAAAGAGUAACAAUAUACUGUGA